UCGUACUUGAUUGGAUCGCGGGUAAACUCAUGCUACCUAAAAACCAUCGGCAUCUAGUUCAGUUUGUAUCGUGCUAGGCGACGCGUAGUAUCAAAAUUAAGAAUUUCGUACCUUAGGCGCACGGUUGUAUGGAUGUAAACAGAAUAGACGAGAGUUCCGUAUUUCCGCAACGAAACGUCGUUUGAUAGUGCACAAGUACAAGAACAAUCGUUCGAUCUUUCACGAUCACUUUUACACGGAUAUUGUGAUUUCCCGAUCAAUUUUUUGCCUUCACGUAUAUCGUCUGUUAUUCGGACGUGACUGGUAGACUGUGGACGUUUACGCGAAAUUUAUAUUUUUGUAGUCCGUUGUUUUACAAAAAUCGAAGUUGAACAAACAUUUUCUAUCGUCCGUUAAACGCGAAACAAAAAGUUCGCGUUAUUCGCAUUCAAAGUUUCACUUUACUUCGUUCAACUUAUUUGCGCGCCUUCUAAAUACUUAAAAUCCGCAUCUAAUGGUUUAAUACCUGCCGGGUGAAAUAAUCACGAGGGAACAUAAUACUUUUUUUUUUUCAACGGACUCGAUCGCGCGUACAUACAUUGCGACGUAUGUAUAUAUGUGUGUACGCAUAUUUUAUUUUGCUUGGCUCGUCGGUUGUACACUUUAUUAAGUGGUACGAACGGUAAUUCUUCGUCCUUUUCGUCCUUCGCGCAAUAAAUAUUUGUUUGACUGUUUGAACGGUUGGAACCGUUAAAUAAUCGUUUCCCGUGGAAUUCUCGAAAGAAAGUCGUCUAAGAGAAAUUUCCGAGGAAAAUGAAGUUAGAAUCGCGUGGCAUUGCUCUCUCGAAUUGGUAUCGGCGAUCAUGGAAACGUCCGCUGGUAGGACCGACGGGAUCUCCGUUUCUAGACGCGACUUUGCUCACGCAGACUAGAUCCUGCCGAUGGUCCCGCAAAAAUAAAUCUGUCAGCUUUAUUAAACGUGGGACCUUUCGAGAUGAAGCAAUUAUAUCAAUGUCGGUGGGUGGGGAGGUAACCGACACUUCAAUUAUGGAAGUGGGCCGUUCAAGACCUCAAUUUCAGUAUUCCCGGGAGGAGUUAAUGAUAAUAAAAACUUUACCGCUGUCAAAGAGAAGAUCUGAGUUCUUAGAUAGUUCAUAUAACAAUUCAAGUGGUGUAUGGGAUCCUCUACGUUGGCAUUCGGGUAGAAAGCGGAGUGAGACACCGCCAAAAGAUGAAAGGACUGAACGUGGGGAUCAAGUGACUGAAAAUCAUGCGAAACGUCGUAACGGAGAUCCGCGGGAACGAAUCCGUAAAGAGCAAGAUGGCAUUGUUUUGAGCCCUCAACGUAGAAGUUUUAAUUCGGGUUGUUUCGUUAAUGUGAAUCAACCUUCCAAUCGACGCCCUGAGAGUCCAAUAGGAAAAACAGAGGUCAGCCACAGGGAACCUGUUCGACGAAUCGGAAGCGGUAGGAUUUUGACUCGCGACAUUUGGAAUUUUAGAGCUGAGAACGACAAACUUGAACCAGAACGCACGGAUUUUGCCUUUCGACCUGGAGCAACCGGGGGAACCUCUAUACGCGAUCGUGACAACAGAAAUACUCGUGAUGGAAAGGAUCGAGAGACUGUGAGAGAGAGGGAUCGGGAACGUGACAAUUUGCGUGAACGGGACGAAAGGAACGAGCGUUACGAACGAAGAUCUUUCGGUCGUGACUACGGAGACAGGGAGAGAGACAGGGAUCGGGACAGAGGUGUUGAGCGGAAUGAUCGCAAUCAUCAAUCAGAUCGUGAGAAAGACCGUGGGCGAGAACGGAGAUUCAGCAAUGAUCGUAGGCGAACUUACAGCGAGAAUCGCAGUGAUAUGGACGAGCCGGAGUGGUUCAGUUCUGGGCCGACGUCUCAACACGACACCAUCGAGUUAAGAGGUUUCGAGGAUAUUCCCGAAGAGAAAGCUGUGAACAACAAUAGCAACGCAAAGAACAAAAAGCAGACCGCGGUCCAAAAGAAACGCGCGAAAAAGAAUUCUUUGGAGAAAGAUGACAAGCAGACAGAAAAUUCCGCUGGCCCUAAAGGGCGUAGCACCCCGACUACGAUGGAUCAACCCAUGAACGUUGUGGCUGCACCUCAUUCGCCCAUUUCGGAACAAAGCGAAUCAUCUUCUCUCGCGCAGAAAACAAAUCAUGACACGAACGAAAGUAGUGUGACUGAACCGAGUUCCGAAACAACUACUAACUCAAAUAGCACCAAUCAAAAUCAGGAGAACUCGCAUCCCGAUUUCAAUCUCGAUGACUUCUUGAAGUCUGACACGUUUCCUGGUGUUCCUGGACUCUUAACUAAUGGCGUCGGUUCAAAUGGAGGAACUUGUUCACGAUUCAGUCAGUGGUUUAAAAGAGAAAGUCCGGUUCAACAAAUUGAUAGCCGCAGAACUUCUAUUCAGGACGAUAUACUGAACAAUCUCCUCAACGAUAUUACCGAGCCAAAUAUUCAGAUCCCAUCGGUAACCGAAUCUAACACAUACUUUGCUCCUAUUUCUCCUGCCAAUACGACCACGAAUGCUACUACGUCGUCUACUACUGGAGUGAAAUUGUUAGAAAUGUUACAACGUGGGAAUAAACCAAGUCAGAACGGCCAAGGGGAUGCGACAAGUACCGUUGUACCAUUAAUGAAGAAUGCGACUAUUAAAGAUAUGGAAGUUGGUGGAAAAGUUGUACACAGUCUGGAGGAUUUAGAGGCGCAUAUGCGAGGUGGUGCUCCACCGCCUACAUCUGCAAUUGAUCAAUCUCGUGUAAAUAAGACUGAAGAUCUCUCUGCUUUUAAAAAAUUGCUUGCGCAAGUGACUGGAGGACAAGCUAUACCAGCAGCGAAUGGUCCUAUUUCUCAAAAGCAACCGGUAACAUUAAUGCAAUUACUUAAUUCUCAACUAAAAACUCAACCAAUUGCUUCUCAGCAAUCGGUCCCAGAACCAAUUCACCCGACAUUCAAUCACGUUGGUUCUCUUGGACCAACUCAACAUCCGCAUCAAGCACAGAUGCAACAUGAGAAUUUAAUGAAAGUGUUACAGAUCCAGCAGCAGCAGAAACAGCAGCAACAACAGCAACAGCAACAGCACCAACACCAACAACAUUCUGACAUGCUGUCACUAAUGAUGGGUGGCCAACGAAUGUUGGCCGUGAGUCCUGUACCACCGGAAAUGCAGAUGAUGCUUAAUAGUGUACCUACGAGUCAAGAACUAUUACAGAGACCAGAAGCUCAAGCUAUUAUUCAGGGUCUUCAACAAGGAGAAAUAACUAGACAACAUCUGAUACAACAGUUGCAGAACCCAGCCAUCCAACACCGUCAUAGAGAAGUUUUAGUUAAUAUUUUAAAAAUGUAUGGUGGUACUACUCCGCGUACCGUAAGUCCACAUCCUAGUGCACCUACUCCUCAAGACCAUAUCUUGCAACAAAUGUUGUACCAACAGCAACAACAGAGAAUUCCAUCCCCCAUGAAUAGUGUGAUGCAGCAUAGAGUUCCCUCGCCGCGGGAGAUUGCUAUGCAUGCUCAGACUAUAAUGCAAAAUGCUCUAAUUAAGAAAAAGUUGGAGGAGCAUCGUAAUAAGCGGCAGGAUCAACAGCAACAGCAGCAACAACAGCAACAGCAAGCUCAACAGAGGACGACGAGUCCUGUUAACUCUCCGGCGAAGCAAACUAUGAGCCCAACGCCGCUCGCUUUUACCCCGACAUCAGUGUUACGUAAAAUGACUGCUGAUAAGGAACCUGAGGGUAAUAGUAAUGAUCCAUCAAAAUUGGCGAGCCAGUCGCAGGUAUCGCAGGUGCAACAGAUGCAAUCUGCAGUUCAGUUACUGACUCAAAGUGUACUUUCUCGACAUAAUGUAUUGCGGCCGCAGUCUGUACAAUCCACAUGGUCGAAUCCAAGUAUUAAACAACAUCCAGGUCGGCCAAUAGUGAAAGGUGGUGGUAACGUUGGUAACCAAUCCCAAUACAGCGGGAAUUCAGAUUUCCAACAACAACAGCAACAACAACAGCAUAGAACGGUUUCAAGCGUGUAUGGUAACCCUGCACGCUCCAAACAUACCAUGUCUACUACAAUGCCGCAUCACAAUGUAUCGCAAUACAAUAUUGCUCAAAAUUCAAUGAUAAAUCAAAGGUCAAACACUAUGAACAAUCAAAUGAAAGUGCAACAGGCCCAAUCGCAUCUCACAAAUAUGCAGCACCAACCGCAACAACAACAACAGCAACAACAGCAACAACGGACACUGAAUUCGCAAAUGCAAAUGGUUUUGAAUCAAAACUACAAUUCCAGUCGUACAGAUGGCCGAGUAAUGCGGUCACAGCAAAUAAACAUGCCCGUAGGUCGUCAAACGUCACCCGGUUUAGGAUACGUGGGCACGAAUGGUGGAGAUCUUUCACCGACUUCAAAUCAAUUGGCACGAUGGUUUAGUCCAGAACUUCUUGCCCAAGCACGGGCUGGUAAGCUUCCAGAGCUUGUCCAGACAAAUGUUUUAUCCUUGGAAGAACUAGAAAGACUUCAACAUGCAUCGACUACAGUGCGCAAUUAGAUUGAUAUUGUACCUUCUGAUAUUUACAAUUGCAAGCAGAGAGGACUUCAUUGGCAGUUAUUGUUCUAACGAAUUAAAUCUUUCAAAUUAGAUGGCUUUUCAUAUUAAACACACAGUAUGAAGAUUCAUUCUCAUUAAGAAAGCAAAAGAAGAAAGCGAAAGAAGAAGGAAAAGACUAUCUAAGUAACGGAAUAAAAAAAUUUUGUUUGCAUAUGCAAAGUCAUUUAGAUAAUAAACCUUAACGGGUGUAAGGUUUAGUAAAGUAAUAUAUAUAUAUAUUGGUCAGAAAUAUUUUUGGACACGGUACAGAUGAGUUGAAUAGUAUUUCCUUUUGUAUGGAAAGGUCCUCUUUUUUUAAGUAUCUUACGACUUAUUUGUAACAAAUUUUACAAAGUUUGCUAACUGUGAGGAGUUACAAUUGUACAGAGGUCGCAGAAUAAGAUGUAAGAUUGAAACUAAUUUAAAAAGAAAAUGAGUCUAAAUGAACAGCUUUCUAUGGAGAACAUUUGUUGCUUAUAAGACUGAGAAACAUGGAAAUUCUUACUAUUGACUACAAGGGAGAAAAAUACUAUUUCACUAUAUGCAUAGUUUCUAAAUGGCAGAAUAUAAAUAUUAUUUAUCUAAGCACAGACAGCAAAUUCAUCUUUUUAUUUAUAAAUUUAUUUAUAUUUCAAGGUCUAAAGUUUACAAACGAUUAAGGCUAAAAUUAUUCAAAUAAAAUUAUAGAAAUUUCAUAAAGUUUGCAAAAUUCUUUGGGCAAAUAGUAUCCUCAAAACCUGAUGAAAAAAAUUGCAGUUUACAGCACUUUGAAGUACAGUUAUAUAUACAGAGAAAAGUGUCAUAUAUUAUAUAAUACGUAUAUUAUUAUGGACAGUGCGAUCAUAUGAACAGAACAAGCAUACAAGUUAAAAAUAAUGAAAGCGAGCACUCAUCAAGUCUUGCAUAUAUUAAAAAAAGAAAUAAAUAUAUAAUAUAUACUUUGUAGAAGCGCGAGGGUACAGUGUUAUUAUCAUGUUUGGCAGCGGAGCUGGUUAGCAGAUACAAUGAAAAAUGCAUUUGCAGAAUUUAUGGAGAGAAAGAAUAAAUAAGAGAACACUUGUGAAAUAAAGAGAGAACAUUCCAUUGAUAAUGAAGCGACAAAAUAACUGAAAUAUGUACGAACAAAUUCAAAAGAUUUCAAAUAUCGAUAUGCCUGCCAACAUGCAUUUGCAUUCUCAUUAACUUGUUAUUUUUGUGAUUACAUUUUUCGUACAAUUAUAGUAAUUAUAUUUGGCCUAUAGAAUGAAUAAUACUAAUAAUAAUGCAGAAUUUUAUUUUCCUUUUCUUUUCUUCGCUUUUUCUGUUCUAUCGUUGAUGAUUAAUUCAUAAUGGAAUCUCGCGUCAGUUGCACGAAGCCACUAUUUCCAUUGAUUUAUGAAAAAUGAAGUUACUUGUAUAAUUUAGAAUAUUUAUAAAUCGAGAAAAGGAGUGUGAAUAAAUGACCGUAAACAUUAAAACGCAUGAGAAACAUUGUAUAUUUCUAUAUAAAUUUAUCCACGGUCUUCGUUCCGGUUUACGCGAUACUCGUUAAAUAAAAUUCAUUAUUUGUCUCUUUAAUUUAAAAUUCGUCUCAUAAUUUGCAUAAUGUUUUAUAAUAAUAUUCCGGAUGUCACUGCUUACAAAUUCUGUACGAUUCCAUGCAAACAAUUGCAUAUAAAGUACUUGAAAUUUAUAUGUAGAUUGCGUUUAUAAAAAUUUAUUGUGCAGUUUACAAUAUUGUACAUUAAAUGUUGAUUACAAAAAUAAUUUGUAAUAAAACGAUUGUGUUACACGGCAUAAAAAAAAGAGCAACUUAAUCAGACUUCAAUAUAACAAUCAACAAUACUGCGCUGCGCUGUAGAUUCAAUCUUAUACUCCAUGGAAAAGUUUGAUUAAAUGUUUUGGCUCUCUCCAAGCAUGUAAUUUUUAUUUAAUUAGCAGACAAAAAUUAGUGAAAUAUGUAAUAUAUUAUUCAGUACAGUCAGUGAUUAUGUCAUUCAAAACUGUACGGUUUUGAAUAUUUUCAUUAUUUUGAAGUUUUCUAUACACCAAUUUGGAUCAUACUUUUCAUUACCUGAUCUGUUCACUAUUUAAACUUACAUACCGCGUCCAUAACUGUGCAAACCAUACUAUCUAAAAGAUGCAAUACAAGUACUGCCAACAACAAAU